CCCUUUAUAAAUAGCUUCCACAUCCUUCCUCCAUUCUCAGGGCAUUUUCUCAAAAGCUCUGUCUUUCUCUCUUUCAUCCUCAAAUAUAAAGGAAGAAAAGAAGAGAGGCAAAAGAGAAAAUGGCUCUUACAACCACCUCAUCCCUCUCCACCAAAUCCCCUCUCCAAUCCCAACCAUCCAUCUUCCCUUCUUCUUCCAAGACCCACCAACAUUCUCUUCCUCUCCUCCCCACCAGAACCCCCAAACCCAUCUCAGCCGUCCACGCCGCUGAUCCCACCAAGAACCCCGUCGUCGUCGACAAGCCCUCCAAGGCCUCAUCAUCACCAUCAUUGUCGUCGCCUUCCAAGACUGUUCCAAGCAAAUGGGCGGUCGAUAGCUGGAAAUCAAAGAAGGCCCUGCAACUCCCGGAAUACCCGAAUGAGCAAGAUCUCGAGGCCGUCCUCAAGACCAUUGAGACCUUCCCUCCUAUCGUCUUCGCAGGCGAGGCCCGCCAUCUGGAGGAACGUCUUGCUGAUGCCGCCAUGGGGAAGGCUUUCCUCCUCCAGGGCGGAGACUGCGCCGAGAGCUUCAAGGAAUUCAAUGCCAACAACAUCAGGGAUACCUUCAGAAUCCUACUCCAGAUGGGAGUGGUUCUCAUGUUCGGUGGACAAAUGCCUGUUGUCAAGGUGGGUCGGAUGGCAGGACAAUUCGCAAAGCCAAGAUCGGAAUCGUUCGAGGAAAAGAACGGCGUGAAGCUUCCAAGUUACAGAGGAGACAAUGUCAAUGGAGAUGCCUUUAAUGAGAAGUCAAGAAUUCCGGACCCACAGAGGAUGAUCCGUGCCUACUGCCAGUCCGCUGCUACUCUUAAUCUCCUGAGGGCCUUCGCCACGGGAGGCUAUGCUGCCAUGCAGAGAGUCACACAAUGGAAUCUUGAUUUUACAGAGCAGAGCGAACAGGGUGAUAGGUACAGGGAGUUGGCUCAUCGAGUCGAUGAGGCAUUGGGGUUCAUGGCUGCUGCAGGGCUCACUGACGACCACCCAAUUACAACGACCACUGAGUUCUGGACGUCGCACGAGUGCCUGCUCUUACCAUAUGAGCAGUCACUUACGAGGGAGGAUUCCACAUCCGGGCUUUACUAUGAUUGCUCUGCUCACAUGCUGUGGGUCGGGGAGCGGACCCGGCAGCUCGAUGGUUCACACGUCGAGUUCCUUAAAGGUGUUGCGAAUCCGCUCGGCAUCAAGGUGAGCGAUAAGAUGGAUCCAAAGGAGCUGGUGAAGCUGAUUGAGAUCUUGAAUCCUGCUAACAAGGCCGGGAGGAUAACGAUAAUCACGAGGAUGGGGGCUGAGAACAUGAGGGUGAAGCUUCCUCAUCUGAUUAGAGCGGUCCGCCAGUCCGGGCAGAUAGUCACUUGGGUCAGUGACCCUAUGCAUGGAAACACCAUCAAGGCUCCUUGUGGUCUCAAAACUCGCCCUUUUGACUCAAUCAGGAAUGAGGUGCGAGCCUUCUUCGACGUGCACGAACAAGAAGGGAGCCAUCCGGGUGGCGUCCAUCUUGAAAUGACAGGCCAGAACGUGACAGAGUGCAUCGGAGGGUCACGGACUGUGACCUUUGAUGACCUGAGCUCGCGAUACCAUACCCACUGUGACCCAAGGCUGAAUGCAUCCCAGUCUCUGGAGCUCGCAUUCAUCAUCGCGGAACGGCUGAGGAAGAGGAGGAUCGGAUCGCAGCAGGCAGGCCAGCACCUUGCAAUGGGCCCCCUGGCCUCAUUGGGGCUGUGAAUUAAGAAGGGUGUUGGUGGGCUUGUGGGUGUACUCAUCAUAAUUAGUGCUUUUUUAAUACUUAAAUCUUAUCUUCGUUGGGUGCUUUAAUUUAUGUAUGUAUACGUGAACACAUGCGUUUGGAACUUACAGAGGUAGAAUAAAAGGCAAAGGUUACCUUCA